AUGGUCCGUGUUUGUGAAAUCGAUCUCAUACCCUCACGAAGAGACGAAAAGAAGUUCAAGAGGCAACACGAGGCGGCAAGAAAAGACGUCGAACGGGCUUUUUGUGUUUUGAAGUCGAAAUGGGGUGUAUUGAGUCGGCCGAUGCGAGCAAGAAGCAUUAGAAAAAAUAGGAAUGUUGUGUACACGUGUAUUAUUUUACACAACAUGAUUUUAAAAGACGACGGAAACGCAAUAGCACCGGUACACAUUCGGGAUCCUCCGGUCGAGCCCGCUCUAGACGAUACGCUGUUGGACGAGCUGAUGGAUGAAGACACGCAUUGGAGACUAAAACACGAUCUCGUGAAUCAUCUCGCAAGUCAAGAUUUACCUCACCUGUUGGUCGAUUCCGACGAAGACUAG